AAACCGGAAGAAGUAGUAAUUUUUAGUCGACAUUUAUCCGCGAAAAUAAAGGAUUUUAGCGACACCAAGCAUUUUACAGGCAGUUAAAAUGAGUGAUGUUCAAGAGUACCCUGAUGUUGUACAGGAAAUCAGAGGUGCACUGGUCAGUAUUAAUUCCUGCUUUUUCAGUAUAAAUUAAUUUUUUAUGAAUAAUAAUAUUUUACACUUGCUCUGUUGAUGGGCUUAGGCUUAGGCGGCUUAGGCUAGAUACUUUGGUCAAAAAUGUAAACAUUUUUUAAAAAUAAAUCAAUGGCACAGUUGAAUAGAGCUAAUUUUAAACAGAAUUAUAACACCAAAAUCAUAUUUUUAGCUGUUGUAGUUUUAAAGUUAUGAAUUUUUAAUGUACGACUUGGUUUGUCAUUUUUUAACAUGGACUGCAUCUCCACAUUCUGUGACCUCAAUCCACUGAUCGUGUCAUGCGCAAUGACUAUAUAGUUUAUAUAAGGCAACGCAUUCCCUAUCACUAAAAUACUGUUUGGUGUCGACUUAUUUUAAACUUGCAACUUUGGCACAUGAAUAAUUAAUAAAAGCUUUCCCUGACCAAUGGUUUAAUAGCUUUUGCACACGGCAAACUCUUAUGAAUGAAACUCUGAGAUCGUACUACGACGUAGCCGUUAUGCAAGUGGCUGUGAAUGGUUGCCAAUGACAACGUGUUGCACAGGGAAAAUUCUGAUCAUUUAUAAUAUGGACUCCACAGGGUUUUUAAAGCUCAAAUUAAAACAUUCCAGUUUAAAUGUCUUCAAAAUGCAUUCUGAAACACAAAAUAUUAAAUAUUUUGAUGUAUAUAGUGGUAAUAAUUAAAUAUUUCCUAAGUAUCGGCAACUUCCGCCAUUAAAAAGGGGGCGUGGCUCACGCCAUGUCGAAAUUAGGCUGAGCCACCUUAUGGUGAUAUGGGUCACUGUGAGAAGUGUAAGGAACGUGAGACACGACCUACAUCAAUAAAACUUGGCACAGAUAUAGAUCAAUAUCUAAUGCUUAUACAGAUUUAAUCAAAAAGGGCCUUAUCUUAUUAUUUCACAAAAAAUUUUGUUUGCGAAGAUGCCUUAUAUAUACCAAAGAUUUUCAAAAUAAAGGUCGAUUGAAAAAAGCAAAAUAGCUGGCUAGAAGUGUAGGCCAAGAUGUCUUCCAAAUUAUAAGGCCGGAAACAGAACUCAAAUAUAUGUCGAAAGAACUUUAAUUUAAUUUAAUAAUAAAUAGACACACACAUCGGAAAAUUAAAAGCUCGGAUUUUUCGGCGCCGACGCCCAUUUCCGAUACAAAAAAAAUAGUAGUCUCCCUUGUUUCAUCGAAGUAUCUACUUAGGCUUAGACUUAACUUAGGGCUAGGCUGUUAUGAGCUGAAACUGCCUGCCAUGUUCAAACAUGGCCAUAGCAAUCAAUAUUCAUGGCCUCGCCUUGUCGCUGUCUAGGUAGGGGGAGAGUGACGAGUUUCUUUUUAAUGCUGACAAUGCAACCUGUAAUUUUCAGAGCUUCUGACACUGAACAUAAUUCUUUCGAAGUGUCUACACAUCUGGCGUCCGGACGAAUAGUGCGGGAGAUAUGCGUCCGGCAACCAAGUCACAUGACCGCCGUAACAAAGUUGCGCGAGAUAGUUGUCCGUCAGCCUUGUCACAUGACCUAUAAUAGUACAGUGGAUUAGAAAAAUGGCGUCGAAGAUGCAUGUGGGCAAAUAGUUUUUACAUUAAUUUACUGAGUAGUUUAUCUUGUAAACAAAUAAUAGAAAAACAUACUUGGGGAUGGUACCAAAACAAAGGGGGGGUGUGGGGGGGUCACGUGACAUGCCCGCCGGACGCAUGUCUCCCGCACUAUUCGUCGGACGUGUAGACACUGCCUAAUUCUUUCACGAUGUGUGUUUUUAUAAUUAUGACAGCUCCUUCCAAGCCAGUUAUAAUAGUUUGUCUCAACAUAUUUCUAGUCAUAGUAUUGUAUAGUGCCAUAAAUUGUGGUAUGCUGUGGAUCUCUUUAUAACAGGAGUUCUUAAACCCUGGUCCAGGUACCCUUCGGGAUCCGUGGCAAUGUCUUGGGAGGUCCGUGACCUGCAUUUCAUUUGUAAUUUUAUUACAUGUAUUUAAAAACAUUAUUAAAGGAAGGGGUCUUUAACCUUCGUAUGCUGGCAAAGUGUUACAUGAACAUCGGAGUAGACAGGCUAAGAACCCUGCUUCCCUAUGCAAAUCCGGUACUUGACCUCAUGAUGUUUGAAUAAACUUUUCAGUGGCGUGUCCAAGACAAAUGGUUAAAGAGGAAAUGAUUUGGGUCGAUGGCAUAUAGAGAGGAAGUCGAAAACAAAAUGUCAGGCGCACCAGUAUUUAUUUGUCAGUGUGCUCCAAACUUUUCGAUCAUCCGAACUCAGAUUAUUCAGCACUGAUUCCCAUUUCCCAAACACAUUUUGAAGUAGUCUCCCUUGCUUUACCCGAGUGCCUACACUGUGCCUUGCUAUUUGUCACAAAUUUAGGAGUGUUUUCUUCUACCAAAAAACAGAAAGAGUUAUCUGUACAUAUUUUGGCCAAAGAGGGAUCCUCCUCCCUUAUGGUCAUUGAUUAAUUAAUUAAUUAAUUUGUCACUCAAUAUAGACACCCUCAUAACAAAUGGUUACAAAUGCAUCAUGUCAUUAAAGGAUACCCCUGUGGCAACAAGAAGAUAGAUGGCAACCAUGUAAAAUAAACUAGGUCUAGUGCUCAACAUUAUUUAUUAUAAGAAAUAAAAGCAGUUAAGUUAUGUUGAAUAUGAUGCAACCAGGUCUGACCAAGAGUGUAGCAUUGAUGCUUGUAUCAUAAACAUGAAAAACUGACAUCAUUCAAGUGUUGGUGCAGCACCAUGGUCAAGUUACUCCACUAUUUUAAUACUUUUAGACAUUUAUUAAAUUAUCACUUCAAAAAUAUAUCAGACCUAUUUUUAAUAUUCACGACAAGUCAUGCACAAAUUUAUUGAGGCAGCUGUGACAGAUUAAUUUGCUAAUCAUCUUUUGGAUAUCAGGAAGUACCCCCCAGAUAAAGAUCUAGAAUGUUUAGAAGUUUUUUUUAUGUUUUCAUUAACAUUUUUGAAUGUUCUAUCACAAUGACAACAGUCAGUUAAAGUUUUAGCAAUCCCAGCUUAGUAGGAGAAAAUAUGGAUUUUCAUUGCAGUACAGUUAUGUACAUAAAUAUCAAUUUUUUUUACAAUAAUAUAAAUAAUUUGUCUGUAGCUUUGUAUUUAAACUAAAAGUUUUCAAUAAACAUUUUCAGAAUCCUGGUCGUUUAAAACUUCAGAGAAAUAGUGUCAUUUUCAAGAAUGUGAAAACCGGGAAAGUGGACCAGUUUCAGAGCUCUGACAUUGAAAAAUGUCUGUGGCUGAAGAGGGCACGGGGUCAUUGUCUCAAAUUUGUUCUUUCCAGCGGUGGAAUUCACAGAUAUGAUGGUUUUAAAGAUGCAGUAAGUUUUUUGUUUGUUAUUUGUUAGAUAAAUUUUUAAAUAUAGUAUGUAAAAUAAGAUAUUACUAAAGGCAAGAUUUAAGAUUUGAUAACUACCAUUUAAAAUAAUUGAUUUCUUUAUCUCUUUCUUUAUAAGGAAUUUGAAAAAUUGGCAAAAUUCAUUUCAAGUUAUUAUUCAGUCGGCCUAGAAAAAGUUGAUAUGUCUUUAAAAGGCUGGAACUGGGGAACGGCAGAUUUUGAAGGUAAUAUUUUCAUUUGGCAUGUAUUAAUUAAAUAAAAGUAAAGUCAUUAUGGAUUCUGAUUUUGUUGAGUAUUUGAUUUCACCCUUAAAACUUGCAAUACCUAAUUAUCAUUUUCUGUCAAAAAAUUUCAGGAAAUUCUUUAAAUUUCAAGAUUGACAACAUCCUUGCUUUUGAAAUUCCACUGACCAAUGUUAUGAACUCCACUACUGCAAAAAAUGAGGUAACAAUUGAAUUUCAUCAAAAUGAUGAUGCUGCAGUAUCACUAAUGGAGGUCAGAUUUCACAUUCCACCAGAACCUGACACAGAAACAGAUCCUGUUGUUGUAAGGAUUUUUUUCUUUUUUUUUAAAUUUGGUUUUAGAAAUUUUUUUUAAAUUCUAAAAACAGUUAACGAAAGCCUUGAAAAAUUUGUUUCAAUGUGAAUGUUUUUCAAACAAUAUUUUGCUGUGUUAAAAUAAGUUUAAUUAGAAAACUUCUACAAAAAAAAAAAAAUGACCAUUUAGUAUACUUACCAAUGCUUUUCUUUUCAGCAAAUUCGCAAAAUUUGUAUUAUACAUUACUUUGAAGUAAUUUUUUAUGAAAAGAGAGCUUUAGGGGCUUUCCAAAUGCACUUAAUAAUAAUUGUUUUAAAAAUUAUUUUAAAUGUCUGUUAAAAGAAAAAACUAGAUAUUUGAAUUAUGAAUGAAAUUUUUUUUAGACUUUAAAAUGACCAAAACAUUUUUUAUUAAAGAAAGUGUCCAAAAUACUAAGUUCUUUCCUUUUAAGGUUUCUUAAAUAAAUUAAGUGUUGCAUUACCCAUGCAUGUUAUAUUUAAAUAGAAUUUAAGCAGCUUUUAAACAAAAAUUGUGUUCUUUAUAUUUAAGUUUCAAGUGAAUUUAUUAGAUGGGGCAUUUAUUCAAAUCUUGAAAUAUAUUUCUGUCAGAAUAAAACUAAUUUUUUUUUAGUUUUGAAAAUAACUAAUCCAAGUAAGUUGUCAAAAUUUCACAUUCUCAUUAAUGAAUAAAAAGUUUGAUUGUGAUAAGGGAUUCUGCCAGCUUUUUUUACAUCAAUUAUAAAAGGGUAGAAAUUUUAAGAUUUAAAUGAAGUAAAGAUAGCUUUGUUAGAUUCUUAAAUUAAAUUGAUCAUUUUCUCUCUCCUUCUUUAAGCAAUUUCAUAAGAAUGUUAUGGAGAAUGCUGAUAUUAUACAGAUUAGUGGUGAGAGUAUCUGUACUCUGUCUGAAGUCCAGUGCUUGACACCAAGGUAAAUAUGGAAUAUUUUUAAAAAGUAUGAUUUUGUCAGAAAUGGUGUUUACUUUCUUUAAAAAAAAAAUUACUUGUCAUUAUUUUAAUUUUUUUCCCACAAAACCCAGUUUGUUAACCAAACAUUUGAUAACUAACAUUCCUAGAAAAGAAAUCUCCGCUAAAAAAAAACCAAACCCACCUGUACCAAAUUAAUGCAUUUUUUUUUGCGUUCACUGAAGGCCCAAUUGUCUUCUAAUACGAUGAUUGAAUACCAGUAUGCCUUACAUUUAUCUUUUCAUAUUUCAGAGGUCGUUAUGAUCUCAAGCUGUUCCCUGGAUUUUUGCAACUCCAUGGUAAAACAUUUGACUACAAGAUACCAUACCAGACAAUCCUUAGAUUGUUUUUGUUGCCUCACAAAGAUGGCCGGCAGAUGUACUUUGUGGUAAGUUUAACUUGUGUUUGUUUUUUUCAGCGGCAGUUUCACACAAUUGAACCUUACCUCAGCCCUUUCCUGUGGUGUGACAGUGCUUAUUCUAUUUGGCAAAGUCAAAGGGUGCAUGCACAAGAAGGAAAAACAAUGUGGGAAAAGCUCAGCUAAUGUAGCAGAGCUCAAGGACAGGAAAGGCAUCUGGUCUCUAAUUGGAUUUUUUUAUCCAUGUUUAAAAAUUUUACUAUGCUUAUUUUAGAAAUUAUAUUACACAAAAAAAAAAUUUUUGAAAUUUUUUGAAAACAGGAAUUCAGUUUGACCCUUUUAAAAAUUGUUUUGCUAUUUUUAAGGCUUCUUUGUUUUGUUUUUGUUAUCAAAACUUUUUUAUCUUUUACCACAUGCCUACUGCAAUGAUCUUGAAAAAUUGAUUGAAUCUUGAUUGACAAUGAGCACUUUUCCCCAUUUUAAUAAUUUCAGGUAAGUCUUGAUCCACCAAUCAAACAAGGCCAGACAAGAUACCACUUUCUGAUUCUUCUCUUUAAUAAAGAAGAUGAGAUGACGCUAGAACUAAAUUUAUCAGAGUAAGUUUUGGUUAUUAACCAGAGCUCCAUUAUUUUAUUUGCCCACAUGUUUUGCAAAAGGGUGGGCAAGUAAAAUAUGAAAAUUUUACUAUUGGUAUAUGAGCAGGAACUAUCAAAUUAAAAUCUUUUAUGCAGUAAUCUGUAAGCAACUAUAAGAAUGUAACUACAUUUUCUCAAAUUUUACUUAAGCUUUAAAUCACAGUCCAGUUGAACAACAUUAAAAAAAUGUUAAAAAAUUGUUUUAGUCUUCUUAUUUAAGUAACCAAUAUUCCAUUAUUAAAUUGUUGAUCUUGGACUCAUAGAAAUUUAUUAUUUUUAAACUGAUAGAGAUGAUAUAAAGACAAAAUAUGAAGAUAAACUUCAGAAAGAGAUGUCAGGACUUGAGUUUGAGGUUGUUAGCAAGGUAUUCAAAGCCAUCACUGGUCGCAAGAUUACAGUUCCAGGCAGCUUUACAGGGUAAAUUGAUUUUUACAUACAUAUAUACAUGGUGCUGUUACUUUAAAUAUAGUGCUUAAUUACUUUAUACGAAGUGCUGUAAUUGCUUUAUAUGUAAUGCUGUACUUAUUUUAUACAUAGUUCUUUAUAUGAUUCUGCAAGCCAGUUAUCGCUGAUCGUUAUUCCUUGUCAUAUUCCAGCAACUCUGGUGCUCAGGCUGUCAGCUGCUCUUACAAAGCUGCCACAGGUCUCUUGUACCCACUGGAGCGGGGUUUCAUCUUUGUCCACAAGCCUCCCAUCCACAUUAGAUUUGAUGAGGUGGCAAAUGUUAACUUUGCCAGGAGUGCUGGAAGCACCAGAUCAUUUGACUUUGAGGUCGACACAAAUGCAGGGGCCACAUUUACCUUUGUUGGUGUGGAAAAGUAAGAAAGGCUUUGAUUAUAACUUGUUUCAUACAAUCUUUUCUGCCUACAUUGGACUCUUAAUUAUUAUUGAUUAAGAAAUCAUAACAUAAGUUGAUAUUGUGUAUUUAUAAUAUUUAUUCUUCCAUCUCCAAGAGUUUUAUUAUAAAUACAAAGUAUAAUUGCUAUCUUCCAGAGAUGAAUAUGGAAAACUUUAUGACUUUGUCAAGAGUAAAAACCUUAGGGUUAAAAAUAUUGGAGAUAAGGGGGUAAGUGCUUUGAUCAGUUUUUUUUUUUAUGUAUGGCCCUUAAAUGAUAUAGACAGUCAAAAUAAAUUCAAUUUAGACUUUGUGUUUAAGCAUGAAAAAAUGUUUAAGUCUUGUUCAUGUAAGAGCAAAAAUUGUAAUUAUUUGUUCUUAAUCACAUUGCUUUAAAUGUUCUUAUUAGUUUUGUACGUAGCUUAGUCAGUAAAAAUUAUCCUGUAGGACAGGUUCAUGUUGUAUAAACAAUUUGCUUAAUUUCUGUUUCAGAGCAAAACAACGUCUUAUAACGAAAUGUCUGACAGUGAUGCUGAGGGUGGAGAUCACGAUGCUUACUUAGAGAGGAUGAAAGCAGAGGGCAAAGACAGGGAUGAUGAUGACAGUGACGACAGCUCUGGUUAGUUCCAGUAUUAUUUACUGUCAUACAUUUUUUAUGUGUUUUUUAUAGACAUCUUCCAGUCUAAAGUGGUUUCUUCAAUAUAAUAAUUAUUUUUGCACUCUGUUGGAGGCAUGUUUAUUUUGACUUUGAAUCAAAGUGACACCAAUAAUUAAUGGCUGAAAAUGUAUAUAAUAUUGCAAUUUAAUGAGAAACUUGAAUUUCUUCUUACAGAUGAAUCAUUCAAUCCAGGAGAGAGUGGUAGUGAAGUUGCUGAAGAGUGAGUAAAAGAUUGAUAAGAGCAAUGUCAAAUCAAAUGUUUAUUUUACUUCAUUUGUGUUAUUCUAAGAAAAACAUUUAACUUAUUGAAUGUCUUUGAAAUGCUUUGUCCAAUUACUGAAGCAUAUAAUAACUAUGGUAGUAAUCAUGAGAUCAAAAGUUAACCUUUUUAUUGUAGGACAUGAGAGACUAAAUGGCCAUUUUUUUUUUUAAAGCUAUGGGCCAUUUUAAUAAAUUAUUUCUGUUGGAAGCUGACCACUGACUUAAGACAAUCUCUUUUGUUUUGGGCCUAAUUAUUAUAUUCAAAUGUUAAUCUAUGGAAAUCUUAAGAUGAUAAACAUUUUUGGACAGGCCAAUAAACCAUUAUUAUAUGCUCUCCUGAAAAAUGUGUGUUUAUUUACAGAUGUUUAAAUGACAUCUCUAUUCAAAAAAAUGUCUUCAAUACUUCCAGGUAUGACAGUAACCCACCAACAACAUCUGAUUCGGACUCUGAUUCUGACUAUAGUGGAGGCAGUAGUGAUGGACAGGACGUUGGGUCGGAUGCGGAGGAGAGGCGAAAAGUUAGAGAGGAAAAGAGAAAAGAAAAGGAACAGAAGAAGAAGGAGAAAGAGGAGAAAAAGAAAGAACAGAAAGCGAAGACAGCUAAGACAGUUGUGAGUUUUAAAAAGCAACAACACAUUUCAUCCAUGCUUACUUCUUCUCUUUACUCUAAUCAAAUAAAGCAGAGUUCAAAUAUUUGUUUGAAAAAUAUUUGAUUCAGCAGCACAGAGAUUAAUAAAUUUUCAAAUGUGAUUACGGUUAAAAUAUCAGUAAAUGCAUUGACAGUAAUUUAUUGUUGUAAUUAUUUUGAACUCGUCUGAGUUCAGAAUUAUGAAUUAAUUAAUUUUUAUUUGUGAGAUAGAUUUCUGAUUAGGUUUUAUAGAUGAGUUUAUUUUAUUUUAUCUAUUUUAAAAAAAAUAAGAUUUGUUAAGAUAUAUCUAAAAAUGGAGUCUUAUUAAUUUAUUCUAGAAAGAGAGUGCUCCUCGUAAGAGAAAGAGUGGAAAGGGCAAAGAUAAGGAUCCAAAUAGACCAAAGCGUCCACAGUCCGCCUACUUCAUUUGGCUUAACGAGCACAGAGAGCAGAUUAAAGAAGAAAAUCCUGGCAUAUCUGUCACAGAUCUCUCAAAGAGAGCUGGGGAAAUGUGGAAAGAGGUCACUGAUAAAACUGUAAGUCAAACACUUCUGCCAGAAAUUUUUUUAUAUUUGUAAUGAUAUGUAUGGAUUAUAUCACAAAUUAACAGCAUGAUUUUGUGUGUAGGUCUGCUUCAUAGAAAGUCUCAAUUCACAUUCAUAAGAAAAUAAAAUGUUCAGUUGCUUCAAUUUUUUUGAAAUUGAAGAAGAAAAAAUGCUAGAAACGUGUAAGUGAUGUCGCUUUAUAUCUUCUGUUUGAUAAAAAAAAAAAAAAAUAUCUGGAAAGAUGACACCAGAACAUGAUUUUGGGGAUCUCGUUAAAAUCAGUGGAAUAAAUGUCUUUGGACUCAUUCUCCAUAUAGUUGACCCCGAAUACAAUGAAAGUGAUUUCUUCAUGUGAUGACUAGUCUCCAAAAUUUGUCAAUUAGUGUGUGGAUAUUUAUAUACAACACAUGUAGUAAAUGAUUCUUUAUUUUAUCUACUUUGAAUUGAUUAGGAGUGGGAUGAAAAGGCUAAAGAGGCCAAAGCUGAGUACCAGAAGGCUAUGGAAGAAUACAACAAAAAUAAGCCAUCUGAUAGUGAAGGUGAUGAGGAAGACGACUCCAAACCUUCAGCCACAAAAUCAUCAAAAUCAAAACCCAAACAUUCACCCGUGAAAAAGAAAGUAAGAGGAUUUCUAUGAUUAGGAAAGUUUAAUCUCUUAUGGUUCAGUGUAUUUUCUAAUUUCAAUACUUUAGUUUAGAUUACCCUUUUUAUGCAUUGGAAAUUUGUGUCUUUGACAUAAAUUCAGAAUGAAUGCAUUCAUUGAAAUAUUAUUUUUGUACUUAGGCAGACUCAACAACUAGUGGUGGGGGUGGUGGAGGAGCAGGCUUCAAGAGUAAAGAGUACAUCUCCAGCUCUGGCAGUGACUCUAGCAGUUCAGAAGGCAGCGAUAAGCCUCUCAAGAAGAUAGCUAAGAAGAGCAAGAAGAAUGAGAGUCCAGCAAAAUCAGAGGUGGAGUCGGAAAAAUCCGUGAAGGGCUCAGAUGUUGAAUCUGAGAAUGAAAACCAAGCCAGCGAAGAGGUUCGUUAUUCAAUCUGUAUCUUUUACAAACCUUGUUUCCACAUAUUAAUGGUAGUCCUUUUUAAUAUCUAUUUCCCUUUAAUUUUAUUUUUGUUAAACCCAAAUAAUCUGUGCUUGUGUAUUUCCAGGAAAAGAAAGAAGGUUCUGCAUCUCCUGCGUCAGGAUCACCAGCUUCAUCAGCCAAAGAAGAGUCUGGUUCAGGCUCUGACUAAUGAGCCAAAGAUCAAGCCUUCAAAUGUUUAUCAUUAAUUU